GAAUGACUUUCUCCGAGAUGAUUGCUUCUUUAGGAAGCAAUCAGUUGUUUUCAGCAGGAUUUGGAUUAGUUGGUGUUGGUGCAGGGCUUGCAGUGUUACGAAAAGGAGGUCAGUUUGCCUUCACUGCCUUCCGACGAUACGCAGUAAUUACUCUUGAAGUUCCCAGCAAAGACAAGAGUUAUCACUGGGUUCUACAGUGGAUCGCCGCUCAGGGUCAACGAGCCCAACAUCUCAGUGUAGAGACAACUUUUCAACAACAUGAAACAGGGAAAAUAAACACGCGAUUUGACUUCUCGCCCUGUCCUGGGGUUCAUUUCUUCAAGUACAAAAACAGCUUCAUUCGUGUUGAUCGAUCACGAGAGAAGAUGGUCGAUCUAACCACGGGGGCGCCUUGGGAGACUGUAACACUCACAUCUCUUGCGACGAACAAACAGUUGUUCUUCGAUAUCUUGAGCGAGGCGAGGCAAAUGGCACUAGAAAAACAAGAAGGAAAAACUGUCAUGUACACAGCAAUGGGCGCCGAUUGGAGACAGUUUGGUUUUCCAAGGAGAAAGAGGCCGCUGGACUCGGUGAUUUUGGACGAUGGUGUCUCUGAGAAAAUUUUGGCUGAUGUUAAAGAAUUUAUUGCAUCUGCCAAGUGGUACAUAGACAGAGGAAUUCCAUACAGAAGAGGUUAUUUAUUGUAUGGACCUCCUGGAUGUGGGAAAAGUAGCUUCAUACAAGCACUAGCAGGAGCUCUGGACUACAGCAUAUGUGUCAUGAACUUAAGUGAUCGCAGUCUGUCAGAUGACCGCCUUAACCACUUAAUGAGUGUAGCACCCCAGCAAAGCAUAAUUCUGUUAGAAGACAUUGAUGCUGCCUUUGUUAAGAGAACCGAUGAGAAGGAGGAAGGGAGAGCAAGUGGCUACAUGAACAGGGUGACAUUUAGUGGUCUUCUGAACACCUUAGACGGAGUGGCAUCAGCUGAAGAACGCAUCGUUUUCAUGACUACGAAUCACUUAGACAGGCUCGACCCAGCCCUUAUACGGCCAGGCAGGGUGGACGUCAAGCAGGAAAUUGGCCUCGCUUCCAAGUCUCAGCUACAAAAGAUGUACACUCGCUUUUAUCCUGACCAGGUCCCUUCUUGGGCAGAGGAGUUCGCUGAUAAAGUAAUGAGAUUGGAACAGGGAAGAAGCAUUGCGCAAAUACAGGGACAUUUUAUGCUAUUUAAAAACGACCCAUUCGGCGCCAUAGAAAAUACUGAAAUUCUUAGCAACUAGUUUACUUUUCUGUUUUGAAUUAAAAUGAAUCGAAAGAUCA